CGAUGAAUAGUACCUAAGGACAACUCAUUACAAGUCGACGUGAAGACGCAGUAUGUCGUGUGUUAUUAUUCAUUUAGUGCUUAUUUACCUUAUAAAUUUUGCAACAGCUAUUGACGAGUGUGGUACUAAUGAAGUCCUGAAGACAAAACCAGAUUGCGCAUCCGACUACUGCCCUGGUGCUGCAGCACAAUGCACGGAUAAUCAAGAUCCCUGUUCGCCAUGUAAAUGCGGUCUUAUGUAUCGAAGAGCUGCAAAUGGAACUUGUAUAUCUAGUAGAGACUGUCCUUCGAUUCCCUGUGGUGAGAAUGAAACCUACGAUAGCUGUCCAGUCUGCUCAGAAUCAUGUGAUAACGCCGUUCCCAGUGGAAAACGCUGCAGACAAAUCGGUAGAAUAGGAAUAACCGUAAUAUGCGACCCAGGAUGUCGUUGUGUCGACUUUUAUUGGAGGAAUAAUGAGAAAAAGUGCGUUACUUACGAACAAUGCACUCAAACUCAAUGUUAACUUCAUUGAUAAAAGUAUAAACUUGAAUUAAACGCUUUUAUCUGAA